AGAGCCACGUGUUUGCCUCGGUUGCCUUGGCAACAACCGAGCGGACAAAGCAAAGGAGUCCUUGAACGCCGAGCGAGUGAAAAGAGCAAAAGGGAGACUGUGCGUGUGUGUGUGUGUGUGUCUGUGUGUGUCUGUGCUUGUGCGUGCGCGGGACUGCAGGAACACAGCAGCGUUUUCUCCCGGUCAGGAAAAACAUCAGAUAUGGGACGUCGCGUUUCCUCCGUUUGUGCGUCGGCGCAGUCCCAAGCGCCGCCACCAAUGCUGUCACGUUGUUCCCUCUCCAGCGCUCAGGCCGAUGACCGGGUGAGAGUGGAGCGGAGGGACAGCGCUCACUUCCAGUUCGCGUCGGCAAUGAACACAGCCACCGAGUUCUACUGCCACGCCCCGGAGAAAGGCUCCCGCUCUCUGUCGAGUGUAGCGUCCUUGGAGAGCCCGGUGGUCUGCUGUCUGGGUCCGCUCAUCCAGUACCUCCAAGAGUUCAACUUGGAAAGAGUUCUGAGGGCAGAAAGCUCAUUCCGACGUCUGUCCGGUGAGUCGGAGGGUAUGGACCUCAGCGCCGCCACCCUCAGGAACCUGGAGAUCCUCAACAAUCAGACAGAUGGCGGCGUGCGGGGCAGUCUGCUGUGGGUGCUGGACCACACUCGCACUCCGUUCGGGAGGAGGCUGAUGAGGAAGUGGGUGAGUCGGCCCCUCACAGACCCGCGGUCCAUCGCAGAGAGGCAAGAUGCUGUGCAGGAGAUCCUGGAGUCGCACUCGCUCACUUUGAAUUCCGUCAAUUCCCUGUUGUCGCAUUUGCCCGACCUGGAGAGAGGCAUCUGCAGCAUAUACCACAGAAAGUCUUCCACGCAGGAGUUUUACCUCAUUAGCAGCGGCCUUUCCCGACUGGGGAGCGAACUGCAGGCGUUGCUUCCUGCCGUCCGGUCACAGAUCAGCUCCGCGCUCCUCCGAGGCCUCUUGUUGGAAACUCCUGACCUGCUGGCUCCGGCCCACGGCCACCUGAAGGUGCUCGACGAAAGGGCCGCCAAGACAGGAAACAAGACGGAGCUGUUCUCAGACCUGUCGGGCUUCCCGGUGCUGCAGGAACGCCGGGAGCAGAUUCAGGCCGUCGUCAGCCAGAUCCAAGACCACCGCAGAGAGAUCCGCCGCGCGCUGAAGGCCCCGGCGCUGGACUACGUCACCGUGUCUGGACAGGAGUUUCUGAUUGAGGUGAAGAACUCGCUGUCGUCCAUUGUUCCACCUGACUGGGUCAAAAUCAGCAGCACCAAGGCCGUCAGCAGGUAUCACUCCCCAUUCCUGGCGGAGCGCUACAAGAAGCUGCUGCAGCUCCGAGAGCAGCUGCUGCUAGACUGCCAGAGGGAGUGGACCAAUUUCCUGGAUCAGUUUGGGGAGCACUAUCACACCAUGAAAAGGGCUAUUAGUCACCUAGCAACCAUGGACUGUCUCUUUUCAUUGGCUGAGGUGGCGAAACAAGGGGACUAUUGCAGGCCAGAGGUGUGUGAGGCUCAGCGUCAGAUUAUGAUCCGGGGUGGCAGACACCCUGCCAUCGCCCUACUGAUGGGAGAGCACCACCAGUAUGUGCCCAACCACACCGAACUGCAGGGCGAUGGCAGGAGAACUAUGAUAAUCACUGGUCCUAAUAUGGGGGGUAAGAGCUCCUACAUCCGCCAGGUGGCCCUGAUCUGUGUCAUGGCUCAGAUGGGCUCCUACGUCCCGGCCUCUGAGGCCUGCCUGGGUGUGCUGGAUGGCAUUUAUACCAGGAUGGGGGCUUCAGAUAACAUUUAUAAAGGCCGCAGCACGUUCAUGGAAGAGCUGACCGAAGCCUCGGGGAUCCUUUUCCGCGCAACCGAUCGUUCAUUGGUCAUCCUCGACGAACUGGGACGGGGAACGAGCACCCACGAUGGAAUCGCCAUCGCCUACGCCACCCUGGAGUACUUCAUCAGAGCUGUAAAAGCCCUCACGCUGUUUGUGACCCAUUACCCUCCUCUGUGUGAGCUGGAGCGGGUGUAUCCUGAACACGUGUCGAACUACCACAUGGCUUUCCUACUUAACGACGCUGACAUGGCCGCUGACACUGACGACGGAGAAGUUCGGCUAGAGUUCAUUACGUUCCUCUACCAAUUAACGGGAGGCGCCGCAGGGCGGAGCUACGGCCUGAACGUCGCCCGAUUGGCUGACAUCCCGGACACCGUGCUACGCACCGCAGCACGCAAAGCCAGAGAGCUGGAGAGCGUGGUCAACGGCAGGAGGAACAAAAAGAAACUUCUCACAGAUCUUUUGAGCGUCUCGGACAGAUCGUCCCUGAUGGAGUGGCUGCAUUCAAACCCUUGACUGCAACACCGGUCGACGCCAUCAAGAAGAGACAACCCAGCUAUCACCGGAGGAGUAGGCUGAGAGAAGAACAUUGAAGUCUGAACUUCUAAACACUGAUUGGAGUAGAGUGGUUGUUGCUGCUCUUUUCUUUAACUCAGGGUUGGUUUCUCAUCAUCAUCUGUACUGUAAACUAAUUCUCCAAAUGUCAGUUAAUAGUGUCAUUCUGGUGUGGAUCAAAUCAAUCUGUGGCAUAAAUGUGU